AUGGGGCGAUUCACACUGGAAGUGCUCGCAGCGAUCGAGUUCAGUAUUCAUUUCUACGUGGAGGUCAUGUACUGCUCCCAGACGCUGCUGGACCAGCUCGAUCUCGAAGUUGGCAGUGAACUUGACGAUGUCCGCACGGCAUAGGCCCACACUCCAUCUUUGGCAGGCUUCUUCUUGCUUCCACCGAAUGUAGCUGCUUGCUGUGGACAGAUUGACGGUUGCGAGACGCUGUGAGACGGCAGUGCAUGCGCAAACUCGAGGCCAACCCGUUCAGUUACGCGUGGAGCUGCGCCCGCUGUAGUUGUUGCUGUUGGUGUCGCCAACUAUGGCGAUUGGGUCGGCACUUUUGAAAAUAAAUAAAUAAACCUCCUCAACUUAAUGUCA